UAAUUUAGAUAAUAAAUAAAUAAAUAAUUUGUUAAUUACAUUAGUAGUAUCAAAUUUAUUAGAAACAAACUUGAAUAAUUCUUAGAAACCGCAAAACACUCUAAAUCGCAAAGCUUUUCAAAUUGGCAUAGCUUUUAACUUAUAGAUAGAUAGAAAGAAAAGUAGUAAAAAUAUUUAGCCAAAUAUAUUCAAAUAAAUAAACAUAUUUUAGUAAAGAUGGAUCCAAAGAAAAAAAAAAUAUUAAAUAUCCCUGAGAACAAAGGUCUAAUUCAUAAUUUUAAGUUUGAUAUUGAAAUUCCUUUUGCACCAAAUGCAUUCCCUAAAACUUUAUACUACUAAUUGGAUUAAGAGAGACACACUCGUCCAAAAGUGUUAAAUGCAGAUGUAAAGGGAAUGUGCAAUUUAUUUGUUAACUGCGAUUUAGGUCUUCCAAUAGACGAUUUGAAUAUGAAACCUCAUAUAUAUAAUUUAUAAGAAGGAAAUGAUAAUCAUCAUUUAGGAGAUAAUGGCAAUACAAAUAGCAAUUAAUUGCAUCCAGAUGAUUUGGCUUUAAUUAAUGAAGAUAUUAUUGUAAGUGAUACUGAAGAAGAUGAAGAAACUCUCAAGACUCAAAAGGAAUAAAAACUCUUAGAUCAAAGAAUUAAAGAAGAACAAUAAAGGUUCCUUAUGAAGCAAUAGAUGUUGCAAAAGUAGUCUGAAUUAGCAAAAGAUAAAGAUACUGAUUUUAGCUAAGGAUUUGAAUAAGUCAAACUAGCAAUCGAACAUAGCUUUGUGACCUCUAACAAUAUCAAAUUAGAAGAAAUUAAACAUCCUUCUGAUCCAAACAGAUCUAUAAAAAAAGUAUUUAAUAUCCUACCAAACCUUGCAAAUUAGUCAUUAAAGUUAGGUGUUAUUUCUCAUAAGUAGAAGGUAGAAUCCUUAACAAAUUCUUUCUCAAAAGGAAGAUUUUGUACUUUGUUCAAAGAUAUUUCUUUCUAAGAUAAAAAUUAGAAAGUUUUUAGGUUAUUUGUACAAAAAUUAUAAGAUGAAGAACCAUAUAAACCUAAAACAUUAUUCGAAGAAGAUAUGAUUGAAGUAGAAUCUUAAUAUAAUGAACUAUUUUAAGAAGAUGAGGAAGUUGUUAUUGAAAAGCCAGAUGAAGAAUAAUUGAAUCAUAAUUAAAUUAAGUUAAAAAAUAAAUCAGUAUUUAACUAUUCUGAUCAUUCUACUAAAUUGCAAGGAAAUGAUAUUCUACUUUUGUUCCCUAAGCAAGCAUAAAAUGAUUAAAUUCAAAAUACUUAUUUUUAGAAGGUUGAAUUUUAGAUUUCACUUGACUAAGAAAAAAAAGAAUUAGCUUUUGCAGAUAAUGUCAGAUAAUAAAUAGAGCUUGAUCGUUAUGUUAAGAUGGAUAUAAUUGAUGAAGAAUAAAUUAAAUUGAUGAAAUAAAUUGAUUAAGAAAUUGUUGAUGAAGAGUUUGGUAAUCAAAAAGAAACUAAAAAAAAAUCUAUUAAGUAAAAAAGUCAUCGUUAAAAUGACUAUGAUGAUGAAGAAGAUGAUGGAGAUUUUGAUAUGGAGGAGGAAUUAGAAGAUGAAGAUGAAGAAUUGUAAGACGAUGAUGACGAUGAAGUUAAUAAAAAGAGCAGCGUUAAUAAAUAAGUUCCUACAAAAAGCUACAAUUUACGUGAAAGUCGCAAGCAAAAUAAUGUAUUUAAUCAGUUAUCUGCUGAAAAGAAGUCUUCUAAUAUUGUCACUGCUGCUGCUCAGGAAGAAGAUAACGAAGCAGAAGAACAAAUUAAUGAUAUAUUUAGUGAUGAUGAAAAAGAUAAUAAUAAUAACAAUCAUAUUGGUAGUGCUUAAAAUGUUACUUAAAGCCAAGCAAAUCAGUUAAUCGAAGAAGACGAAGAAGAUGAUGAAUAGUUUUAAUUUGGUGCAAACAGACAAAAGGCUGACUCUGAUGACAAAGACAAUUAGUGGGCAGAUUCUAAAUAUAAAAAAUCUAAAAACAAUCAUGAAGACGAUGAUUUUAUUAACGAUGAAGAAGAAGAGGAGGAAGAGGAGAUAGAAGAUGUAAGUUCUGUUUCAGGUCAUAAAGAUUAAGAAAAUGGAGAUGAAGCUUUAUAAAAAUAUUUCCAAAGCCAACAGCAACAAUAGUCCCAAUAACCUUAAUUAAAUACUGGACAAAUUGAAGAAAUGACUGACGAUGAAGAAGACGAUGAAUUCCCUCUCUGA